AUGGAGCUUGCCCGGACUGUAAUCUUCGUUUUCAUACCUCUCCUCUUCGUAAAUCGAGCCGAUUCGAGCUGCCCCAGUUCUUUCGAGUGUGGCGAAUUGGGAACCCUAGAGUUCCCCCUUUCAAAUCGAAGGGACUGCGGCUUGUUCAUGGUCGAAAACUGUACGGCACCGUAUCCAGUUGUUCAUUUUAGGGCAGCUGAUGAUGGCCAUCCGUAUACUAUCAUGCGAAGAUUGUCGGCUAACAGGUUCUUGAUAAUAGAUGAACUGAUGAGGCUGUAUCUCAGAACAUCCGUGUGUUUUGGUCUGAGAAAUUUGUCCCUGCCUGUGUCUCCAUUGGCUUCAUUCUCAGUUACUCCCAAUAUGACUGCGUUUUUGUGCUCAAAUCAGCUUUCUUACGAACCGAAUUUCGAACAUUACCAUUCGACAAAUUGCUCGCCGUUGCAAGUGUACUAUAGGUACCCAUCUGAUCAUGUUCCGGACAAUGUCCCUUCAGAUUGCUCUGUCAUUCAAGUUCCGGUUGGGUCCGGCAGGAAUUCAGAUAAUCUUACGGAUGUGAUAAGUUUUGAGUACGUUGUGGAGUGGAAUGUUUCCGAAGAUUGUUACGAGUGUCACCAUGGAGGAGGCAAAUGCCUUACCAAUCACAUGAAUCAGUUCCACUGUGAUAGAGGAGCUUCUGGAGGAGGGGUGUUGCUUAUUAUGAGCUUUGCGGUUGCUUCCUAUGUACUAUGGCAACGGAAGAAGAAGAUGAACAAUGACUACCUCCUAUCGAGGAGCUUAUCUUUCGACCCAUCCUCGAAAUCAGACGUGGAGGGCGGCGGGAGCUUCUACUUUGGCAUCCCGAUUUUCUCCUACGCAGAACUCGAGGAGGCCACCAGCAACUUCGAUCCGUCCAAGGAACUUGGAGAUGGGGGCUUUGGGACCGUGUACCAUGGCAAGCUUCGCGACGGGAGGGAAGUAGCUAUAAAGCGUCUUUAUGAGCACAACUACCGCCGUGUAGAACAAUUCAUGAACGAGAUCAAAAUCCUUACCGCCCUCCGCCACCAAAACCUCGUCUCCCUAUACGGCUGCACUUCCCGCCGUAGCCGCGAGCUCCUCCUCGUAUACGAAUACAUUCCCAACGGCACAGUGGCCGAUCAUCUCCACGGCAAGAAGCAGAAACAGGCCCACCUUCCUUGGCCCGUGCGCUUGCGCAUCGCCCUCGAAACGGCCACCGCUCUCGCCUACCUUCACAAAUCCGACAUCAUCCACCGAGACGUGAAAACCAACAACAUCCUCCUCGACGCCUCUUUUCGCGUCAAAGUGGCCGAUUUCGGGCUCUCGCGCCUCUUCCCCAACGACGUCACGCACGUCUCCACUGCCCCACAGGGGACGCCCGGCUAUGUCGACCCGGACUACCACCAGUGCUAUCAUCUCACCGAUAAGAGCGACGUCUACAGCUUUGGGGUCGUCUUGAUCGAGCUCAUAUCCUCCAUGCCAGCUGUCGACAUCACGAGGCACAGGCACGAGAUAAACCUUGCCAACAUGGCAUUAAACAGGAUACAGAGAUGUGAGUUCGCCGACCUCAUAGACCCCGUGCUCGGGUACGGGACGGAUGCUGAGGUAGCGAGGAUGACGACGGCGGUGGCUGAGCUGGCGUUCAGGUGCCUCCAGCUGGAUAAGGACUUGCGGCCGCCGAUGGACGAGGUGGUUGAGUUCUUGAGGGAUGUUGCGGGUAAUUUGGGGAAGGUAGCGCAGUCGCCGGAGACGGACGAGUCCGUGUUGCUCAAGGACAAGGAUUUGCAGGCGUCGUCACCAAAAACGGUUACGGAUACGUGGGCGAGUAGCAGCUCUACUACAUCCAGUUCGGUUUCUUGA